CGAAUUUACCCAUGGCCCUCUUUAGGCUGAAUCCGGCCAUGGCUAACAAGCAGUAAUUUAUCUAAUUGUGUCCCUUUACACUCAUUAACAACAAAUAGUAUUAACAUAAGGAAAUGCUUCACUUUUUCGACUGGUGUAAGGAAACUUGGAUGUUUAAUGCUGAAGUUCCUGCUGCUCACUGUCCGAAGUUAAACGCACUGCUCUGUAGAUCCAGUCUUCAGGCAGGAGGAGCUAAUCUCCCACUAACCUCCGCUAACGGUAACCGAACAGUUCAGCAAGUAUGACCAACCGAGCGGACCUGAGGACCCUCUGCACCCGGCUAUAGUUGUCAUCAACCUCAGUCCAAGCCACUAAGAGAAAAUGAUGACAAUUCUCCCAUGACCUCCUUCAGUGUAGCAGUCCGAGGCCUCCCUCUGGCCUUGGCGUCCAUGACACAAGCCACCACCUCGGACUCACGCUUCCACCCUAAAUGGCGUGCGAUCACUGUGGCGACCCUGCUGGCCUUAGUGCUCAUGCUCUACCUGCACAGGACGGUAGGGGACAGAGACACUACCCAAAGCGGAUACUACAGCAACAGGGCUCCCAGUUUUCAAAUGGAGCUGGAGGGGGAGGACGACCCCUUCAGGGACUCUAACAGACGAACUGCUCAAAGUCUUCCUCGACACAUGAAGAGGGGAAAACCUUACAACGACACGUACCCGUUGAGUCCACCAGAGAGGACUAGUCACGGCAUACGCUACCGCAUCGCUGUGGUUGCUGACCUGGACACCGCCUCGCGCAGCUCCAAGGAUCAGACGUGGAUCAGCUAUAUGAAGAGAGGUUACCUGACUGUGUCGGACAGUGCGGACACACUACAGGUGCAGUGGGAUGAUGACACCGUCACUCUGGAGAGUCACCUGGCUGAGAAAGGACGAGGUAUGGAGCUGUCUGAGCUGGUGGUAUUCAACGGUCAUCUGUACAGUGUGGAUGACCGUACAGGUGUUGUAUACAGGAUUGAGGGCAGCCAGGCUGUCCCCUGGGUUAUCCUGCCUGAUGGUGAUGGCUCUGUCUCUAAAGGAUUCAAGGCAGAGUGGCUGGCAGUGAAGGAUGAGCACCUGUAUGUCGGCGGUCUGGGUAAGGAGUGGACCACCACCUCAGGAGAAGUUGUCAACAACCACCCAGAGUGGGUGAAAGUUGUUGGCUACCAUGGGGACGUAGAGCAUGAAAACUGGGUGCCACACUACAACGCCCUGAGGAGCGCGACAGGAAUCGAACCACCAGGCUACCUUAUCCAUGAAUCAGCAGCAUGGAGCGAGCGUCUCCAGCGAUGGUUCUUCCUCCCUCGCCGGGCCAGUCACGAGCACUACGAUGAGACGGCGGACGAGCGACGUGCCACCAACCUCCUCCUGUCCUGCCCCGCAGAUUUCAGCCGCAUCACAAUGGGCCACGUUGGACCGCUCAACCCAACCCACGGCUUCUCCUCCUUUAAAUUCGUCCCGGAUACAGACGAUCAGAUUAUUGUGGCUCUGAAAUCCGAGGAGGACGCGGGCAAGAUCGCCACAUACAUCAUCGCGUUUACGCUUGAUGGUCGGGUGCUGAUGCCCGAGACAAAGAUAGGGGAUGUGAAGUAUGAAGGGUUUGAGUUUAUUUAAAGAAGCACAUUUACACCUCGUACAGGGUUGUAUGGAGUGCUAAUUAUUACAUUCCCCUCCAAUUCUACUGUGCAAUAAUACCAGUGACCCAAAGUUAAACAUUUCCUGAUGACUUAGUCUAAUAACUGAAAGGAGGAAGAGAGGAAGAGAGGGAGCAGGGGAGGAGGAACACCUCACUAUCACUAAACACCAACAAUGUCACCAGUUCAGUUUGAGUUUGACCGGUUUGAUCGGCCAGUUUAUCAGCUUCCAAAAAUCUAUUCAGUCAUCAUCAGACGAAAGAUGUAACUUCAUCUUUUCAGUGCCUGCAGAUUGAGACUUUUUAUAAACAUGGAAAGAGUUAUUUAUACACUAAUUAUAUGUAAGAAGAGUUUAUGUUAAAGACAUAUUUCAAAUAAAUAUCUGUUCUUCAGGGGAGUUUACCAAGUAGGUUCAACAUACCCAGUCUUCCUCUGGGUAAGCCUGAAGCUUCAGUUGGAGAUGUCGGGUAUCACGCUGGUGAUACAAUGGUCUCUGUUAACUCAGGCUUUCUGCUUCAGGCUCUUUUCCGUGUGCAUUAACAGAAAAGCAGCAUCUAUUGCAUCAUUUGUUGGUUUUUCUGCGAGAUAAGGAUAAGGAACACCCGCUGGCUGGCUGCUUCAGAGACUCAAAUUGAGAAACUGGUCUAGACCAGGUUGUGAUUGAGGAGGAAGUUGAGGCGGUGACCUCGCCAAGUUGAAAGAGAGCUCAGCAGGCUUGGUUUACCUUCUAAUCAUGCCUUGUGUUACACUCCCAGGUGAUGUAGACCUCCUCCCCUGCAGUCAGACUCUGCAGGUGAGACUCUCAGGGGCACAAAUAGUAACAGGUUUAAACAUUGUUUUAAAGAAAGGGGUGGGGGGGUUCCUUAAAUACUUGAACUACAAUACUUAUUGCUUUGUUUUGCCUUACCUGUUUAGACACUUUGUUUAUCAGAUUUAUAUUUAUGGAGAGUUAAUUCAUUUCAUGUAUAUCCACGUCUGCCUCAUACACUACUUGUUGUCAGUUUCUCUGAACAGGUCCGAUUCAAGCAUCAAGUAUCUAAUAAAGCUGAACACCGUCAGCUGGUGUUUCUCUGGUUUAAGAAGCUAUUUAAUGAAGAUUAAACUAUUCAAAUAUUA